AUGCAAAUCUUCAUGAAAACCCUGACUAGGAAGACCAUCACGCUGGAGGUUGAGUUGUCUGACACCAUUGAUAAUGUGAAGGCGAAGAUCCAGGACAAGGAGGGCAUCCCACCAAACCAGCAGCGCCUCAUCUUUGCUGGUAAGCAGCUGGAGGAUGGCCGCUCACUUGUAGACUACAAUAUCCAGGAGGAGUCCACGCUCCACCUAGUGUUGCGCCUCCAUGGUGGUCAGUGA